AUGGACCCUGCCACCCUGGCCGAGCAGCGCCCGCCCGCCAGGCCGGCUCCGCGGGUGAACUACGUCCGGGCCGCGGUCGUGCAGAAGCGCGGAGGCGACCUGGAUGGAAGCCCGGACGCUGACACUGAAGCCUUCGUCCCGCCCCCAGGGCCCGGAAGCGAAAGCCGCUCCACCUCUUCCGAGCGAGGUCACGGCCCGGCAGUGCGAAUCGAGGUUUCCGAGAGUGAGGGCUGCUCAGCGGGGUCAGGGCGACCCCGGCCCGGCGCCAUGUCCCGGAACCUGCGCACCGCGCUCAUUUUCGGCGGCUUCGCCUCCUUGAUCGCCGCCGCCUUCUACCCCAUCUACUUCCGGCCCCUAAUGAGGUUGGAGGAAUACCAGCAGGAACAAGCCAUAAAUCGGGCUGGUAUUGUUCAAGAAGAUGUGCAGCCACCAGGGUUAAAAGUGUGGUCUGAUCCAUUUGGCAGGAAGUGAGAAGGCUGUCACCAACUCUGAUUAGGAAAGGAGGUUUUGUGCUUUCAGUUCUGCAUCAAGUACAAUCAAUCACCUCACCACGGGACAAUGGCUGAAGAAGAAAACUCUGUAUUGCUGUAAAUGAGAGUACUUUAAUAAAUGACUGUGCACAAGGAUUAAUAUUUCCCUUCUUAAACAUCAAAAGAACCCUGGAACAAAUUAUACCAUUAGGAAGGUUUUCAUGAUUGGGUCAACUUUCCAAAAAUGAAGCUGUCUCACCCAGCUGUGUUUAGAGGCAAUCUGCUUAUUAUUCCGCCUUUACCACUUACCCAAGUGAGCUGUGAUGUGAAUACAAGCAACCAGUGGGCUUGAGAAGGUCCAGGUCUGUUUUGCCGUCUUCCAAAUAAGAGAUUUCAGCAAAAAACCACCAUACUGAGCUGCCUCAGAGGGCCGUAUGAAAAUCAGGUUGAUAAAGCUCUUUGAGGACAAGGUACUUUGUGCUGUUUAAGAAUAAACAGUUCAGCUUAACCAUGUCUUGUUGAAGAUUACUCCAUGUUGGAAAAUAAAUAUGCAGCAAGUCAAACUGGAUGAGUACACAUGCAUAGAAAUCAGAGAUGAAUUAACAGAAGUGAAAGUAUGUAUAUUAAAAUGAUUAUUUUUUACUUCA